AUGUGGCUACAGACUGGUCGGUUAAUAAAAAGAAACGAUCCGUUGUUGAUUAGGUGGCUGCUGACUGUUCGCCGAGGUUGGCGAUUGGCUUGCAAACGUUUCGUCACCAUACGAGGAGACAUCGCUGGUGUGCAGCUAGGGGGUGAUGAUGUCUCCUCGUAUGGUGACGAAACUGAAAUCAUCGUCAUCUGUCAUAGGUGCGAACGCGUGUGUUCGUGGCGGAAUCAUAUGAUGUUGUCACUGCCUCAUAGACGGACGAAAACGAUUACAGUCUAUGGUUGUGAAAGGUACGAUUUGGAGGUGAAUAACUUCGAUGUGCAGUAG